GGCUGAAUGUUUAAAGGUUUUAUGUAAAGUUAUAUUGUGCUGAUAAGAGUAUAAAUGUGCAUAUUAAAUCAGGCUUCUGUGUAUAGUGGCCAGACUACUCUCUGACAGUGCAACACAGUUUUAUUCCUGCCACUAGCACUGGAACAAAGCAGCAGAGAUGAUCAACAGCCUGUUCUUGAUCAACGCUUCGGGGGACAUCUUCCUGGAGAAGCACUGGAAAAGUGUAGUCAGUCGGUCGGUGUGUGACUACUUCCUGGAAGCCAAAGAGAAGGCUCUGGAACCUGAGGACGUUCCACCUGUCAUACACACCCCUCAUCACUACCUCAUCAGCAUCUACAGGGACAAGCUGUUCUUCCUCUCCGUCAUCCAGACUGAGGUUCCUCCGCUGUUUGUCAUUGAGUUCCUGCACCGCGUCGCAGAGAUGAUCCAGGACUACUUUGGGGAGUGUUCGGAGACAGUAGUCAAGGACAACAUGGUGAUGGUGUAUGAGCUGUUGGAGGAGAUGCUUGACAACGGGUUUCCCCUGGCAACCGAAUCUAACGUCCUCAAAGAGAUGAUCAGACCACCCACCAUCCUCCGAUCUGUUGUCAACACACUGACAGGGACCAGUAACGUUGGAGACACGUUGCCAACUGGUCAGCUGUCGACCAUCCCAUGGAGGCGGGCCGGAGUGAAGUACACCAAUAACGAAGCUUACUUUGACGUGGUGGAGGAGAUUGACGCUAUCCUGGACCAAUCAGGUACGACAGUGUUUGCAGAGAUCCAGGGCGUGGUCGAGGCGUGUGUCAAGCUGUCUGGUAUGCCCGACCUCACACUCUCCUUCAUGAAUCCUCGUCUCCUUGACGAUGUGAGUUUCCACCCAUGUGUUCGCUAUAAACGCUGGGAGUCUGAGCGCGUCCUCUCCUUCAUUCCUCCCGAUGGGAACUUCACCCUGAUGACCUAUCACGUCAAUGCACAGAAUCUUGUAGCCAUCCCAGUGUAUGUGAAGCAGAGCAUCAGUUUCUUUGAGAGUGGUUCUGGUGGCCGUCUGGACGUGACCGUUGGACCGAAGCAGACCAUGGGGAAGACGGUCGAAGGGGUAGUGGUCACGGUCCACUUGCCCAAAACUAUCCUCAGCAUCAAUCUGACUGCCACACAGGGCAGUUACACAUAUGACAAUGGUACAAAGUUGUUGGUGUGGGACAUUGGAAAGUUGAACCCACAGAAGCUUCCUAACUUGCGAGGUAGUCUGAGUUUGCAGGCUGGAGCCCCCAAACCAGAGGAGAACCCCAGUCUGAACAUCGACCUGAAGAUACAGCAACUUGCCAUAUCAGGACUGAAGGUGAACAGGCUGGAUAUGUUUGGGGAGAAGUACAAGCCUUUUAAAGGGGUUAAAUACAUCACCAAGGCCGGGAAGUUCCAGGUGCGGACUUGAAGAUUGAAACCUAAAGGUCAUAGGUCAACUAGCCAACGUGCCUAAUGCUCUGGGUCAAAGGUCAACUCUUAGACACGCCAGCUGUCAACUAUUAUGCUCUCUAUUUGUAGUUCAGAGCCGUGAUCGGUCCAUUAUGACAAAUGUCUGAAACUUGUAAAAAGGUUCACAUCACUGCAGACUGUUGUGGCUCUGCAACAGCAAACUAUGAAUUGAGCUUUCUACAUGCCAAGUGUCAACUCUUCUACCUUAUGCCUUUUAUACCCCUAUACUCCCUCUGUAUUAGGGACAGAGCCUGUAUUAAUAACUUGGUUGUUUAUUUAAAUGUUUAUUAUUUGGAUGGAAUGGAGUUGUUGGUCUGCGAAGGGAAUUGUUUUGGACAAUCAACCUAUUAUUUCUCCUGUAUCUGGAAUUAAAUAACUGUGUUCCAGCACAGCCCACCUCUC